AUGUAUCAGCUCAGAGUACCUCCUGCCAACCACAAGAUGGUCUCUACAAGCUCUCCUUCGCGCCUUCGGCGUGUUGACAAUGUUGUCACUCGACCUCGCGGCCGCCACCCGACUAGAGCCAGACACACACCUUCUCUCUCUCCUACCCCCACUCCUCCAAAGGCGACAGUCAUUCGAGUCCUCGCCAACCUGGGUCCUCGGACUCUCGGUCAACGACCGGCCCCUUCCCCACCAGCGGCUGCUGCAAAGACAAGCACCAUCAGCAAGCCUGCUGCUGCUGCUCCUAAGCGGGCGGCGUGGGAAGUACCAGAGCCACUGCCCUAUGGGUCGCGGUUCAGGAUACGCCCUGUGCAGAGUUCAGCCAGGGACGCUGCUAAGACAGUCGAGAACAAGGCCCGCCAGCCAAAGCGUUCUCCGACUCUACCCGUGCGUGCUCGACAAGGACCUGCAAGCGUAGCCAGUCAAGUUUCACAACUGCGCGAGCAAGCCCGAGCGAGAGCACGGAAUGCCAGCCGUCAAGCCCAGAUCGUGCCGACGAAAAUCGAGCCAAAGCCUCGGCCCAAGCUGCGGAUCACCCGCGAUGCACCUGCACCGGCCCCGCCAGCUGUCACGCCAGCGCCUAGGCGCCCGAGGUUACGGAUCACUCGUUUUCCGACGCCGGUCAAGCCGUCCGCGACCGAGCAGCCGCCGCCGCCACGGCGAGCUCUGAAGUCAGCACUCAAGCAACCCGGUACCGCCAAGUCAAGCAAGUCGGUUCGAUUCGCCACAGUCGCAGCAGUUCGCCGGUUCGAGGCAACUGUCCAAGACAAGUCAACACUGUGGUUCGAGCCAACUAUCGGUCACCGGAUGCCAGUCGCUUGGAAACAAGGCACUCUCCACCCUCCCACUAUCGUUAAUACCCAUGGCUCUUACGCCAAGAUGUGGAAGAGUGUCCUUUUCGAAGACGGCACCAAACUUCUCCCAGGCUUUCGUUCAGAAACGAUUCGUUCGCGACUCUGCCAAGUACAAUCUUUCUACAGAGAGCAAGCCAAGUGCUUCCGAUCCAUUGUCGAUCCCAGCUUCGUCGAAGUCAAACAGUCAAUUCCUGGCUUCUACGGACGGAGAGUGGACGACAAGACAUGGAGAGGAUUUCUUCUCAAGCACCCUGGCGAGCGCGGACUGCCUGAUGAGGCGUACGGCACUGUCCACUGGACAGACGACGGCAUAUGGCUAUAUCGCAGCGAAGCAUUCCAAUCGGGGACUCAUCCAUGUCCCCGUGAUGGUCGCUGUUGGCGGUUUUAUAAGAACAAGCUUUGCUUCUGCGAUGGCAGAUGGUUCCGGAGAACCUUUGAGAUUUGGAAGGGAUAUACCACUCCUUUGAAGACCGAUUUUUCGGCUCCUCCCGACCACCUCACUGGCGAGGUCAGGGUUCGCAACCCCACUCUUUACGGCGCGGCCCGAGGGGUUACUGUUCAUUCAACUUGUUCAGACCCCAAGUCACUCGUUACAGACACCUCAGUUCCUCCGGUUUUCCAGUCACUCGUUAAGCCAUCGGAAGCACAGACGCUUGCUUCAAUUCAGCGAAGGCGGGAAUGCAGGGCAGAGAUUCAAGCAGAAGUCAGAGCCGAAGUUCUUAGGUUCAUAGCCUUCAUCGGAGCGCCCGCUGCUUGCUCUCGUUCAGACUCUCACGGUCAGCCACUCGUUUCUCAGCGACCAGAGUCAAUCUCUCCCUCCCGUGAUCGCUUGCAGUCUAACGUUCGCACGACGCUCGAGCCACUCCUUCAUUCUUCCCGAGCUAAGUCGAAGGUUUCACGGACUGCACCAGCACCCCCAUCCCUAGACCGUUCCAUUCUUUCAAAGCCACUCAUUCGGUCUCAGACCAAGUCACUCUCUAAUACUUCAAAUGAGUCGGUCACUUCUCGCACUUCUCGCACCCGAUCAACAGCCAAGCAGUCACUCGCUCCUGCUCGCCACCGGUUGAGUCUCUCGGCCUGGUUGGAAAAGGUUGAGAGAGAGGGUCGCGUAUAA